UUCAUGUUUCGCACACAACCAUAAGAGCACAGACUAUAAACAAGGAAGACGCAAUCAUAACGCUUUUGGAGACAGACAAAAAGGGAGCAGAGAAAUUCUCACAUCUACAAUAAUUGUAACUACUUAUCAGUCAUACAAUAAUACGUGCUCUGACUGUCAAGACAGAGUAACCGAAGUAGCAAUGCAGGUGCUCCCUGCAAGGACAGCCUGAUGGCUUGUGUUGUGUCCCUGUAUCGGCCUUUAUCUUUACUGGCCCCUGUGGGGGUGAGGCGAGCCAUAGUUUGCAGAAUGUCACUGGACAUGCGAGCACGGGAGGUGUUUGCUACAGCUAUCGAAGCUGUGCAACCAGACAUUGUGAUGCAGCGGGGUCUGGAGCGUACAGGAGACACCCUCCUAGUGAAUGGACGCAGCUUCACGCUAAAGAACAACCUUCACCUGGUAGGCUUUGGCAAAGCUGUGCUGGGCAUGGCUGCCGAGGCAGAGAGGAUAGUGGGGGACCACUUGGUGAGAGGAGUGAUCAGUGUGCCACACGGCAUUCAGGAGACAAUACGGCAGCAUGGGAAAGACCAGAUGUUGUUGAAGGAUGGAAGUCGCAUCACAGUGAUGGAGGGAGCUAAACACAACCUGCCAGAUGCUGAUGCCCAGAGGGCAGCCGAAUGUAUCAAGGAGCUGGUCAGCACACUAACAGAGAAUGACAUGUUGCUUGUACUCAUUUCAGGAGGAGGGUCUGCACUCUUGCCUGCACCAGUCCCACCAAUCUCUCUUCAAGACAAACAGGAUGUUACACGUAGACUGGCUGGUGCUGGUGCCACCAUUCAGGAGCUUAACUCUGUACGCCGUGCCCUGUCAAUUUUGAAAGGAGGAGGACUUGCACACUGCGCUCACCCUGCUCAGGUGGUGGCCCUGGUUCUGUCUGACGUAAUUGGAGAUCCCCUGGACUUGAUAGCCAGUGGUCCCACAGUGUGGACUGAGGUGUGGCCUGAGGAGAUUUGGUCGAUCCUUGAACGUUACGGGCUGUCCUCCUCUCUCCCUGUCUCGGUGAAAGAGGUGCUUGGACGCUCAGCUCCCCGAUGGGAGGAGUCUGGAGAGCAGUCAGACAGGGCGGCACAUGUUCUCAAUGCUGUGAUUGGCUCCAAUAGCAUUGCUCUGGAAUGCGCAGGGAGACGUGCGCGGGAGCUCGGAUUCCGUCCAGUUGUGCUGUCGCCAGGGGUGUGCGGGAACGUACAGUCUGUCUCUCGCCUUUAUGGUCUACUGGCUCGCUUUGCCUGCUCCCGUGACGAGCCUCCUCCUGAGUUGCCUGCUGAGAUUCUGAAGCUGGGGCCCGAGACAGGCGUGGAAAGCUGGGACUUGUGCCGUGCUAUGCAGGUGCUUGGUGAGGGCCGGGUGGAGGGCUGGGGAGCCACCUGUCUGCUGGCUGGGGGAGAGCCCACUGUGCAGUUGACAGGCAAGGGGCGUGGUGGGCGGAACCAGGAGCUGGCCCUGAGAGUAGGGCUUGAGCUGGCAGGCAUGGAGCUCCCUCCGAAGGGUCCCCUGUUUCUGAGUGGUGGGACCGAUGGUCAGGACGGGCCAACUGAGGCAGCAGGGGCAGUCACAGACGCGGGGCUUGGCAAAGAAGCACGAGCACAGGGGCUCGACCCUGAUGGCUUCCUCGUCAACAAUGAUUCCUUCACCUUCUUUUCACGCCUGUCUGGUGGGCAGCGGCUGCUCCUACCAGGGUUAACAGGUACCAAUGUGAUGGAUGUGCACAUGCUGCUCAUCCCACCAAUCCCCAUAGUUGUGUCUGGUCGUUGAUGAAGACAAGGGUAUGAAAGCUGUCAAUUACACAUUUCAGUAUGAAUCCAUACAGAGCAGACUGAGUAUAUUCAGAGAGCAGCUUUUCAAAGCUGACCAUGCCCAUGAUAUUCUUUCCAGCAAGCCCUUUUGGAGAUCCAUGUUUAAUUUAAAAAGCAGCAAUCAGUUAUGUCUAUGAUAAGAAUAAAUACAGUAAAUAGUGUACUUUUGUGUUAUUUGUGAAGAGAUUGUUUCUGUACAGAGCAGUUAGUCAGGCGGAUAACCAAAUAUACCCAAGAAUGUUCCAAUUUAUGAUACAAGUAUCAGACAUAGUACACUAAUACUAGAUACCUUAAGGAACAUUUUUGAAGAUUGGAUGCAGUCUAAUAAAAUGGCUGCCAUUCUGAUUUCCUAUUAGAUGAAAAUAGGGUAAAGUCAUUCCAAAUCAUAUGUAAAUUACUUUGUAAUGUUAUCUACCCACUAAAUAAACCCCACAAAUAACAUAGACAAUAACAUACUAUUAAGACCUUCAAGGGGGUCAUAUUGAGGUCAUUUUGACCCUAGUCCAAUGACUACAGGAAAACAUUUUGAACUUGUUGAUAGAGCCAAGAAAUUUCACAGCUGGGGCAUGUCUAUGUUAUUCUUGGCUAUAGUGCCAUUAGAUUUGGUCCAUUACCCCCCUGGCUGCCAUUUCCCAUAUGACCAAUAACCAGCUGCAUGGGGCCAUAUUGGACAGGAUUCACUUGGACAUGUCGCCAUAAAAUUAAAAUGGUACUUACAGCCCAAUGAUGGUUUCAAAUGUUUGAGAGGGUCUGGAAAACACAAAAUGGCUCACAAACACCUUAUAUACUUAUCCUUUAAACUUGUGGUGAAAACAUGUCAAAUGAAUUUUUCCAUGACUAGUUCCAAUAGUUUUACAUGUAAACACUCUAGAAAGUAAUUUGAGUGUUCCCUGAAGUCUACUGAUUGCAAUGAUUUGUUUUGUCAAUUAAAAAAGACAGGAAACCUGCCCUGUACACAUCACUUUAGGUAAAACUACAUAGGAAUGCAUUAUGUCCAGCAGAGAGAGACAGGUAACCCAUUAGGAGACCUUUCAGUUUUUACACGUAGUAAAAGUCUAAACAAAGAUGUCUAGCUAUAGUGCCAUUGCAGAUUUAACCUAUUAUACUCAGUGGUGAAUUUUGUUCACCAAAUUCGACACUCAUUGAUCUCCAUACAAAAAUGCCUUGCUUGGCCAGAGAGAAAAAAAUGAAAAACACCUGCUGGAGAAGACAGAUUUUGGGUCCAGUUAUCCCUCUCACUUUGGAUGUUCCUCUCUAAUACUACAGAGAUGACUUUAAUCAACCAAGUUGAUUUUCACCUGUUGACUCUUUCUCAAUGCCACACACUUGUCACUAAUUAUCAGGACUGCCCUGAUAGGAUUUAAAUAGAAACUCAAGGUGUGAAUGAGCCUGUCAAGCAGUUACUCAAGUUUCUUUCCAGUUGUGUUAAAAGUACAUUUCCUAUUUCCUUGUAUAUUUUAGUUACGUAAUACUUUUCCUUGUUUAAUAUAAUCAUCCUUAUCACCUUUUUACAUUAUGCAACUUGCUUAUGUCUCUCCUUUGUUUCAGAACCACACACAAAUCCAACUUUACCAUGUCCAACCACAAGUCCAUAAUAAAUAUGUGAACUUUGGCUCUGUCUCCUUGCUCUCUGACCAGAGCAGAGUAAAUCUAGAUGGUUGUACAGUCAUCGCAAAUAAAAACUGAAGGACCUUGGCGUUACUCUGGACCCUGAUAUUGCCUUCGAUGAACGUGUCAAAAAUAUUUCAAGAGCAGCCUAUUUUCAUCUUCGUAACAUUGAAAAAAAUCAGAAACUUCUUGUCUAAAUGAAUUGAAUUAUACCCCUGGUGACAUCUAUCCAACUAAUUCCCUAUCUUGGAUUUCUUAGCCUAUUUUUCAGUGGCCAUAUUGGAAAUGACGCCAGGGUGGUGUAAUUGACCAAAUCUGCGAUGGCACUACAAAAAUAGUUAUUUAGACAUGCCGUAGCAAUGUGUGAAAUUUGGUGGCUCUAUCAUUUUCUCACAAAGCUGCUGGACUAUGGUCAAAGUGACCUCAAUAUGACCCCUAUUAAGGUCUUAAGAGUACUUUAUGAUCAGAUUUGUCUAUAUCUGGGGUAAUAUAGUGGGUAGAUAAAUGAGUUAUUUUGAUAUUGUUUGGAAUGAUUUUACUCUAUUUUCUUCUAACAGGUUUAUUAACAUUAACAUGUUAUUAAAAAUAGCCACCAUGGUUGACUGACAAGCUUCCCAGGCUGCAAAAAAAUAUUAAACUGUUCCUUAAAGUAUCUAGUAUUAGUGUACCAAGUUUGAUACUUGUAUCAUAAAAUGGAAGAAUUAUGUCACCUAUCUGCUGGACUAAGUUGUGUGCUAGACAUCGUUUUAGACAAUGAAAAAAACAAAA